UGGACAAUAACAGUGCUUUCCCCACAGCGCCGCCGCGAGAACGCCGUGAGACGCCCUGCCGCCCCCCGCACCGCACUUCACUGUGUAUGCGGAUCGCGUGGGGAUCCGGAGCUCUGCCUCUGUAGGCUUGGGGUGGGCCUGAGUUUCUGCGUGUGUAGCCCGCUCUCUGGGGAGGCUGAUGCGGCCGGUCCGCAGGCCACACUUGGAGCUGCAAGGCCCUAUAGUAUUUUGCCUGGUACCGGGGGCGUGUAUCUGGCACCAAUUCUGGCCCUGUCACUUGUGAUCCAUGGUUCUUGUGAAUGCCGAAGAUUUCCAGGCAGUUUCUGUGGAAUGCCUCCCCGACACCUCUGAUCGAGCACCAUAGAAACAAGAAAUUUCCUGGUCAAACCUGGGAGGACUGUGUUCUGACUGCCACAACGGUCAGUACUGACACCAGAAUGAUGACCACUCUCAAGUUGUUAAAACCUUUAGGAAAUCGAGUGUUUUGCAGUCCUUUAGCCUGCAGUGCAACCCAUAGAGUGGCAUACUGGAAUGUGGGAUGCUGUCCACAGCACAGGGGACAAGAGUCUCCAGAACAUAGUAGCCUGCACCAUCCGGCCAAAACAGUUAAGAACAUUUGUAGUGUCACCUCUUCGCAGGGAAUGCUGACAACCAGCAGUGCCCUCCCGGGUUUGGAAUUCAGCAGGGCUUCUGCCUCUAAGGCCAGCACAUUAAAACCGGGCUCACUCAGGGCCAUCAGAGCUGAUGAAGAGGGCAUAGAAGUUUUUGAUUCCUUUGAAGACCCCCGAGUUUUCCUACAGCUAAGACCAGAAUAUCAGCUUCAUAGCUAUAACAGAUCUGAGGCUUGUCAGCCUCUGUCUGUUUCAGAAGGUGAACUAAUUUUGCACAAAGUCACAGUUUAUCAAGAUAAUCUCCAGCCUGAAACCAUUGCUGAUUAUUUCUGUAAGCUGAGCUCUUUGCCUGCAGAGCAAUGUCCUGUUUUGCUGUCCAAUACCACCUUUGCUCUGCUCUGCCAGCUGAGUAUGAAAAACAUAGAGGUCUUUGAUGUUCCAGAUCUGAUCAGUAUUUUGAAAGCCUUUGUCAGUUUAGGAAUCCCUCACUCCCAUUCAAUGCUAGAUGUGUAUGAAACCAAGUUUUGCCAUAAGGUAUGGGAGAUGAGUCUGGAUCAGCUUCUCUUGGUGGCUGACCUCUGGCGAAACUUGGGCCGCAAAGUACCUCGAUUUUUAGAGAUUUUUUUUAGUUACCUUAAUUUGCACUGGAAAGAUUUAUCCUUGUCUCAGUUGAUUCACUUAAUAUAUAUUAUAGGUGAAAAUCGUCAGGUACCUCAGGACCUAAUGCAGAAACUGGAAUCAUUGGUUCUCAAGUAUAUAGACUUGAUCAAUUUAGAGGAGGUUGGCACAAUCUGUUUGGGGUUCUUUAAAUCAAGUAGUAGCCUCUCUGAAUUUGUCAUGCGGAAAAUUGGAGAUGUGGCUUGUGCUGACAUGCAAUGUCUGAGUAGUUAUGCCUUAGUGAAUAUUCUUAAAAUGUUCCGUUUUACUCAUGUGGAUCACACAGAGUUCAUGAAACAAUUUGGACAGAUUGCUCCUCACCGAGUUCCUUCCCUGGGAGUUCAGGGUGUCAUGCACCUGACCCUUGCCUGUUCAGCCUUACGUUUCCUGCAUGAAGGGGUAAUGAAUGCUGUGGCUGCUUCUUUGCCAUGUAGGGUAGCAUACUGUCGAAGUAAAGAUGUCGCUAAGAUUCUUUGGUCAUUUGGAACUCUGAAUUAUAAGCCACCCAAUGCAGAGGAGUUUUAUACUAGCCUGAUAAAUGAAAUUCACAACAAGUUACCUGAAUUCAACCGAUACCCAGAACACCUGCCUACUUGUCUUCUGGGCCUGGCAUUUUCUGAGUGCUUUCCAUUAGAACUGAUUGAUUUUGCUUUGAGUCCAAGGUUUAUCAGGUUAGCUCAGGAGAGAAGUAAGUUUGAACUCAUUAAGGAGCUGUGUACUCUUGAUGGAACAGUUGGCAUUGAGUGUCCAGAUUACAGAGGCAGCCGUCUUAGUUCUCACCUUCAGAAUGAGGGGUCAGCAAUUUUGUGGAAUUUAGCAAGGAAAGAUAUGAACUCAAAGCCUGAAUUCCUUGAAGCACUCUCUUUACUUGAGACCAUGCUGGGUGGUGCCCAGUAUGUUAAACACCAUAUGAUUUUGCCUCAUACCCGAUCUUCCGACUUAGAGGUCCAGCUUGAUGUUAACAUGAAGCCAUUGCCAUUCAACACAGACACCACACCGACUGAAGAUGGAGCCAAAUUGAGGCUUAAGCAUGUGGGAGUCAGCCUUACAGAUGAUUUGAUGAAUCAGCUACUAAAAGGGAAAUCAAGAGAACGUUUCCAGGUUGGCAGAUUGGGAGCCAUGGAGAUGACUGGCUUCUGCCCCCCAGACUGCAUACAGCACCCACAAGUGAAAUUGGCUAUUCAGCUGACAAACAGGAACCAGUACUGCUAUGGUUCGAGGCAUCUACUUGGACUGCACAAUAUGAAGAGGCGGCAGUUGAAUCGACUAGGAUACCGAGUGGUGGAGUUAGCCUACUGGGAAUGGUUCCCGCUGCUGAAGCGAACUCGCCUAGAAAAGCUGGCAUACCUCCAUGAGAAAGUGUUCACUUCUGCUCUCUGAAGGGCCUUCAGGGGCAUUUAUAAUCGCAAAUGCUGUAGAUGUUUGCUGUACCAGGUAUUAGGACACAAUUAUAAAAGCCAGAAUAUAGGUUUGGUAACAGAGGAGACUUAGUUGUGCAGACUGAAGUUUGUGUAUGUUACAAUGAAUUAAUUAUAGCCUGGCCCACCAGUACAAAUUGCUUAUUUGUGCAGGUAUAUAAUAAACAUCUUUAAAUGUCCUAUGGUCAAGUCCUAUCUUUUUUUGUCUUCUGUGUUUAUGGCCUUAUCUCAUGGUUAUUUUGAAUUUUUAGGGUAAUAGUAUAGUUAGACAUUGUCUAAAGCCUAUUUUUUUUAAAGAUUUAUUUAUUUAUGCAUACAAUAACUGGGGUACAGGCCAGAGGUGAGGGGGGUUGAGAGGAUUCACCAGAGACAGAGUGGCGAGCAGAGCAGGCAGAUUGACUGAAAUACAUUGCUAGGGGAGCAGUGGUCGAGACGGGAGAGGUCUGCUGCUCCAUGUGGGUCACUUCCCUCGGUGGGGAUCGAUCUCGUGCUGCAGUGGCUGUGUAUAGCUUCAUAGUGCUGUGUCUUAACCCCUAGCGCCACCAGGGAGGCCCUAAAGCCAGUUUUUUAAAAGUGGUUUUCAUAUACUUUGUUUCAAAAUAAGAUUUUUUCAUGACUUCACUUACAUUUCAGGAUCUCCUCCCACCUCCAUGUUUUCUUCAUAGCCUCUAAAAUUAAUGUUUUCAUUCUUGUGUAAAUUUGGUUAGUAGUCCUUUGUUGCUGGCUAUUCUUGCUUUAAAGAGCUAUUUUAGAAUCAGUGAACUUAGUAUCUUCCUCUUUGCCCCCCUCGUCUGCUUUUCUACUUCUCUUGCAUAAACUCUACACACCCCCUGCCCUCCCAGGAUAUUUUCAUCCUAAAAUUGGACCUAGAAGAGAAUUAUAUGAAUGCCUGUUGGGUUAGUAUUUCCCAAAUAUGAUGACCAGGCAGAAUAUUUUUCAUGGCAAGUGUCUCAGAUGAAAAAAUGUAUUCCUUUCCAUAAUAGGAAGUCUAGUGGGUUUCAGAUUUGGUUGGUUUUAGAGUCACAGCUAAGAAGAGUAUAUAUAUGUGUGUGUGUGUGUGUGUGUGUGUGUAUGAGUAACUUCAUACAAUUAAUUUUUGUAAACACUUG